ACCAGCCAUCCUUACAUUCGUUAAAAAACAAUUAGAGGAUGGUCAUACCUUAUCAGACUAUAAUAUUCAAGAUACGGAAGGAAUUCCUCCAAACCAGCAAUAUCUUAUAUUUGCUGAAAAACAAUAA